AUGAAAACGUCCUGUCUCUUCGCGGAUCAGGAGCUGCGGCAGCUACUGAGGGAAGACGAGAAGAGGAAGCUCGGGAAGGAGGUCUUCGACCAGUACAGGCAAUGGUACAAGCUGGAACGAGGCGACGGCAUGGCGAUCAAGGGCGUAAAAGUCGCUCCACCCGACGUCGUGGCUAAGAUUCGCAAGAAGUACGAGGAUUUUGGCCAGUUUGUCAACCAGCAGCCACGGUUCCAGUCAGAGACUUGGUGA